AUGUACCUUUGUGGAGCGUCUGUCCUUAAUGAUCGAAUAGCAUUGACUGCAGCGCACUGCAUCGAUAGCUGCAUCUUUACGGAAAGUAUUUAUUCAGUAACCGCUGGUACUAACACUUUACACGAAGGAUUCCAUUCUACUAUAAAGGCCUUGUAUUAUCAUAAAAAAUACUAUGAUGUGGGAACGGGCUACGACAUUGCAUUAUUGCGUCUUACUACUCAAAUGCCUUUAAGUGAAUUCAUUAAGCGAGUGGCAAUAACAAAAAAAUCGCCCAAACACGAGGAAGCGCAGGUGGUGGGCUGGGGGUUAAUACAGGAUUACAAACCAAAACGAACAACGAAGUACCUUUAUGCCAUCGAUCAAUAUGUUGUAGGCAAGACCACGUGCAGCGAAUAUUUGGAAACUAUUGAAGAAGGAUCCUUUUGUGCAGAAAGCAAAACGAAAACCAAAUAUGCUGCAUGCGGUGACUCCGGCAGUGCCUUGGUACUGCGGGGCUAUAUCCAAAUCGGGAUUGUCUCCUUCAAGAUGCCCUAUCUUAGCAAUAGCAUUGUAGUAUACACGAACACCAGUUUCUUCUCCAAAUGGAUCAGAAAACACUCUAAAAAACUUUACUGUCUAUAG